AUGAGAGAAGUUAAAGGUUCCAAAGACAACGUACCAUCAUUGGAAAGUGUAUCAAAUGAUUUAAGCUCUCAUGCACUUAUUACUAAAAUUUCCAUGUCGCCCGAUGGAAAAGAACGUGUAAUAUUUGUGAAUCAACCAAACACUACAACAUUUUGCAGUAAUUCAAUUAGUACUGGGAAGUAUUCGAUUGUUACAUUUAUCCCCAAAUUCCUCUUUGAACAGUUCCGGAAAUAUGGCAAUAUAUUCUCUCUAUUUGUCGCCGUUCUCCAACAAAUUCCAGGUGUGUCCCCGAUUGGUCGUUUUACAAAUUUACUUCUUCUUGCAUUUAUCCUCUGUGGCUCCGCUAUCAAAGAAAUUAUUGAGGAUUAUACACGACAUAAAAGUGAUAAGGCCACAAAUAACUCAAAGACUCAGGGUAUGCUUAUCAUUAAUGGAUUUUUAUUAAUUUAUGACAAUGUAGUGUUACGAAAUGGUAGUUGGGAAACAAUACUUUGGAAGGAUGUACAAGUUGGAGAUAUUGUGAAGUUGACAAGCAAUUCUCGCAUCCCUGCUGAUCUGGUAAUAUUGGCAACAGGCGAACCCAUGUCUUUGUGCUACAUUGAAACGUCCAACCUGGAUGGUGAAACUACGCUUAAGCUUCGACAAGGUUUAACAAUUACAUCUGGAUUAAUUACUGCCGAAUUACUGCGUAAAGCCCAUAUUCGAAUUGAAUGUGAACAGCCAACCCGAACUCUUGAUGAGUUUGUGGGAACGCUGUAUGAUGAGAAGAAUACAGGUUAUCCACUGGAUAGCAAUCAAGUAUUACUUCGCGGCGCUACGGUGAAAAACACCAAUUGGGUUUUCGGUGCUGUUGUUUAUACUGGAAGGGAGUCGAAAGUCAUGCUCAAUUCAACUGCUGCACCUUUGAAACGCUCUUCAGUGGAUAAACAGACUAACUACUAUAUCCUGGUACUGUUCGGUCUGCUGGCCUUUCUCACAGUUUUUAUGGUCUUUGCAAAUAUAAUUUGGACGAAAGUCACUGGAGAAAAAAUGUGGUACCUCGGUGGAGUUGUUAGAGUAGUCUUUAUUAAAUCGCGAUUCCACCAUUUUUCUAACUUCUUAUUCUUUCUCCUCGUAGAAUUGACCUGGAUGAGUGCGUUUUACAUGUGCAUCACUGCUUUUAUAUUCUUCCAUACCAUAAUUCCAAUCAGUCUCCAAGUCACCCUUGAAGUCGUCCGAUUUGUUCAGGCGCUUUUCAUUAAUUGGGACUUGGACAUUUACGAUGCAAAAACGGACACACCAGCAAUGGCGCGAAAUUCAAAUCUCAACGGGGACUUGGGCCAAGUUAAGUACAUCUUCUCUGAUAAGACUGGAACUCUUACUAAGAAUGUCAUGGAAUUUAAGAUGUGUUCGAUUGGACGAGAGGCCUAUGGACUUGAGGAUCAAGAGGCGACGGCCAUUCAAGACUGGCGACUACUCACCAAAUUGGCUGAGGGUGAUCGUGAUGUGGACUGGUUUUUCACAAUCCUUGCUGUCUGUCAUACUGUCAUACCCGAAUACGUAGACGUGGACAUUGAUCGCGAUGAUAUCCGCUACCAAGCUACCUCACCAGGUUAUUUGAAAUUCAUUACCAUAAUGUUUGUCUUCGAUACUGCCAUUGAAUUCUUUCUCGAAUUGGGUGAUAUUACAAUUCUCCCUCCCCUUUUAGAUGAACGAGCCUUAGUGAUGGCUGCAAAAUCUCUGGGUUACGUAUUCUGUGAACGAGAACCCGAUUCUGUCACUAUUCGUGUGAAAGGCGAAAAGCACCAAUUCAAACUUUUGAAUAUCAUUGAGUUCACCAGUGACAGGAAACGAAUGAGUGUAAUUGUGGAGGAUGAAGAAGGCAAACUCUUCCUCAUGGUCAAAGGCGCAGAUACAGCAAUCUAUGAAAGAUUAGGACAAGAUGCGCAUUUCAAAGAAGAAACAUUAAAUCAUAUGAAUGAAUUUGCGGAAAUUGGUCUUCGAACCCUUUGCAUAGCCUUCCGUCGUUUGGAUCGUGCUUAUUAUGAGAGUUGGGCUAAAAAGUACUAUGAACGCAGUAUUGCUGGCACCAAUUGUGCUGAGCUUGUGAAUGAAGUUUGUGAAGAAAUUGAACAGAACCUUGAACUUGUUGGAGCAACUGCAAUCGAGGAUAAAUUGCAGGAUGAUGUCCCCCAAACAAUUGACAAUAUGCUCACUGCAGGUAUCUCAGUUUGGGUACUCACAGGGGACCAACAGGAAACUGCUGUCAACAUUGGUUUGUCCUGUCGAUUGAUAAGUUUGAAUCAGACUCAUUUGUUGAUCAAUGCCAGUGACAUGGAUGGAGUUCGUAAUCAACUUAACGAGUGCAUUAAUGCACAGAGAGGAGAGGGUGGUAAAGGUCGAGGAAUUGCACUCAUCGUUACGGGUAAGGUGAGUGACCUAAAUUGCAAGUUAAAGCUUAAAGUCAAGAGGGGCUUGCGCAUGCUUGUGGACCUUGUUGGUUUGACGAGUGAAGUAAUUUUAGGCCUACUCUCAAACACCCAAUCGAGUGUUCUUCCAAAAGAAACGGCCUUAGAAAUGCUUCUUAUGGCGGAGUGUCAGAGGGAAUUCUUCGAUUUGGCGCUCUCUUGUUCUUCGGUUGUGUGCUGUCGAGUGAGUCCAUGGCAAAAGGCUGAGGUGGUUCGUUUGGUUCGGACUUUUACAAAUGAUAUCACUCUCGCAAUUGGCGACGGAGCCAACGAUGUUGGAAUGAUUCAGGCAGCCUGUUCUUCCGAUUACGCCAUCGCACAAUUCAGAUUCCUCAACAAACUCCUUCUUGUCCACGGUGCAUGGUCUUUUUAUCGCAUAAAUAAGUUCAUUUUCUACUCAUUCUACAAGAAUGUCUGCCUCCAUUUCAUUCAAUUCUGGUUCGGCAUGAUCUCUGGUUUCUCAGGACAAAUUCUCUUCGAUCAAUGGAUUUCGGCAAUCUACAACAAUGUACUCAGCGUAGCCCCUCCAAUGGCCCUCGGACUUUUUGAGCGCGAUAUGAGUGCGAGAAAUUGUCUUCGACUGCCUGGUCUCUAUAAAGAAAUCCAAAGAACUAAUAAAUUUGAUAAAAUUACUUUCCUCACUUGGCUAGCCAAUGGCAUAUUCCAUUCCGCAAUCCUCUUUUGGAUUCCUCUUUGCGCAUUUCAUCACGACGUCGUUUACGGAAACGGGCAAAUCGCUAGCUAUUUGGUCUUGGGCAACACUGUAUACACGUGUGCAGUUCUGACUGUAUGCUUGAAGGCUGGUCUCGAGCAUACUGCCUGGACACUGUUCUCCCAUUUCGCCAUUUGGGGGAGUAUCGUGCUCUGGUUCCUCUUCCUUAUUGUUUACUCUCACCUCUAUCCCACUUUCCCAAUCGGCCCUGAGAUGGUCGCAAUGGAUGCAGCUUGUUUCCGAAGCGCUGUCUUCUGGCUCCUACUAAUUGUCGUGCCUGUAAUUGCUCUCACUCGUGAUUUUGUCUGGAAAGUGCUUCGAAGAACGUACUCACUGACAAUGCGUGAACAAGUGAUGAUCUGUGAACAAAACGGUGUUGAACCCGAGCACUUUUUGCAAAUGUUCAAAUCUCACAAAUAG